CCGGGCCUUCCCGGGAUUUAAAGGGCCCGCUCUCCGCGCCGCUCUGGGAGCCGCAGCUGGUCCCGGCCUUGCGGCCUGCGGGGGAGGCUGCCCGGAGGAGGCGGCGACGGUGGCGGUGGUGGUGCGUCCCCGGCCCCAAGACUGCGGCUUCCCUCCUGCCAGGUCUAUCCAUCUGUCCAUCCAUCUGUAGGGGUCCACAAUGGCCACCUUCAGCCGCCAGGAAUUUUUCCAGCAGCUGCUGCAGGGCUGUCUCCUUCCUACUGCCCAGCAGGGCCUUGACCAGAUCUGGCUGCUCCUUGCCAUCUGCCUCGCCUGCCGUUUCCUCUGGAGGCUCGGGCUGCCAUCCUACCUGAAGCACGCAAGCACCGUGGCAGGCGGGUUCUUCAGCCUCUACCACUUCUUCCAGCUGCACAUGGUUUGGGUCGUGCUGCUCAGCCUCCUGUGCUACCUCGUGCUGUUCCUCUGCCGACAUUCCUCCCAUCGUGGCGUCUUCCUCUCCGUCACCAUCCUUAUCUACCUACUCAUGGGUGAGAUGCACAUGGUGGACACCGUGACAUGGCACAAGAUGCGAGGGGCCCAGAUGAUCGUGGCCAUGAAGGCGGUGUCUUUGGGCUUCGACCUGGACCGAGGCGUGAUUGGUGCAGUGCCCUCACCCGUGGAGUUCAUGGGUUACCUCUACUUUGUGGGCACCAUCGUCUUUGGGCCCUGGAUAUCCUUCCACAGCUACCUACAGGCUGUCGAAGGCCACCCGCUGAGCCGCCGAUGGCUGCAGAAGGUGGCCCGGAGCCUGGCGCUGGCCCUGCUGUGCCUUGUGCUGUCCACCUGUGUGGGCCCCUACCUCUUCCCGUACUUCAUCCCCCUUGAUGGUGACCGCCUCCUUCGCAACAAGAAACGCAAAGCCAGGGGCACCAUGAUAAGGUGGCUGCGAGCCUACGAGAGUGCUGUCUCCUUCCACUUCAGCAACUAUUUUGUGGGCUUUCUGUCCGAGGCCACGGCCACGUUGGCAGGGGCUGGCUUCACUGAGGAGAAGGAUCACCUGGAAUGGGACCUGACAGUGUCCAAGCCACUGAAUGUGGAGCUGCCCCGGUCCAUGGUGGAAGUGGUCACGAGCUGGAACCUGCCCAUGUCUUAUUGGCUAAAUAACUAUGUUUUCAAGAAUGCUCUCCGCCUGGGGACCUUCUCAGCCGUGCUGGUCACCUAUGCAGCCAGCGCCCUCCUGCACGGCUUCAGCUUCCAUCUGGCUGCAGUGCUGCUGUCCCUGGCGUUUAUCACUUAUGUGGAGCACGUCCUCCGGAAGCGCCUGGCUCGGAUCCUCAGUGCCUGCGUCUUGUCAAAACGGUGCCCACCAGACUGUUCACACCAGCAUCGCUUGGGCCUGGGGGUGCGAGCCUUAAACCUGCUCUUUGGGGCCCUGGCCAUCUUCCACCUGGCCUACCUGGGCUCCCUGUUUGACGUCGAUGUGGACGAUACCACAGAGGAGCAGGGCUACGGCAUGGCAUAUACUGUCCACAAGUGGUCAGAGCUCAGCUGGGCCAGUCACUGGGUCACUUUUGGAUGCUGGAUCUUCUACCGUCUCAUAGGCUGAGGCAUGUCUGUGGACCCUCACAGCUCCCUCAAGACCCCUCCUCAGGGUGCCAGCUCUGAUGGGGGAUGAGGGAAGGCCCUCUCUCUAAUUCUUGACCACUCUCUAUCCUUGACCCCCCUAACACCCCUACACACACACACACACACACACACCCCAUUUCCAUGCCUGUAGGUCCCCACCCCACCACAAGGCGGGAAGGGGGUGGUCCCUGCUGGGGCCUAGGGGUGGGGGAUUCUUGGGGAAGCAGAGAGGGGGAGAUCCAGGGCCUCCCCGCCUUCCUUCUCCCUUUUUAUAUACAGUUUGUUAUUGUCAAAUAAAAGUAGGAAAUAUACGAAAGGCUCUUUCUUCACUGCUCAGUGGGGAAUAGAAGUAAGGAAGGGAGCACAGCAGGGAUAAAGCUUGGAAGCUGGAAACCAUGAAGAAGGAGCAGGUUGUGAUUGGUUCAUGGUUAAUUUCUAUUGUUCAUGAUUGGAUGAUAAGCCUGAGGAUGGCACUGCUUGAUUUGAGUGGGGCCAGGACAGAUUUGAUAGUUGGAUGUGGGGGAAGCCUGAUACUAAUUGGCUGGAAAACCGAGGGAUCCCCAUUCUGAUUGGUUGCUCCGAUGGG